AUGGAGACAAAUAUGCCUGCCCGAGAGCAAGCUCACUUCGAAGCUGAGAAGGAAGAAUUCGAGCCUGGCACCUCCAUAUCCGCAUCAAUGGAUGUAGGGCAUCCAUAUCAAGAGCAACGGGUGCCUUCUAUUGUUGGCCACAUAUCCCUUGAUGAUGUUGAUCCUGUCAAUGUCCAGCUUAGAGAUCUUUCGGUUCAAGUCGACACAUCCCCUUCAUUGCUAGAGCCUGCAACAUAUCCCGAGCUAUUCCAAAGACUAUCUGGGCAAAAAGACACAAGACACAAUGUCAAGCCGCUGCUCAGCUCAAUUGAUGCGACAUUGCCUAGCGGCAGCUUGACGGCUAUACUUGGAGGCAGCGGUUCUGGAAAGACCACCUUGCUCAACACCAUUGCUGAGCGAGUUUUCAGUGGCAGGCUGGCGCAAGCUGGGAGCAUUCUUUUCAAUGGACAAAAGGGUGUGACUUCUAUCAAUCAAGCCUACGUCAUGCAACAAGACAUUCUCAUUCCAUCGCUCACGGUCAGAGAAACUCUGCGGUACUCGGCAGACCUGCGACUUCCUCGGGCAGUGUCAAGGGAGGACCGAUGGCGUAUAGUGGAAGAAGUUAUCCUAGAACUGGGUCUUAAAGAGUGUGCCAACACGAGAGUGGGUAAUAGCCAGCGCAGGGGUCUUUCCGGAGGCGAGAAACGAAGAACGAGUAUUGGUGUCCAAUUGCUUGCGAAUCCGUCAGUUCUCUUCCUGGACGAGCCAACGACCGGCCUCGAUGCCACGAGUGCAUACCAACUCGUCAAGACUUUGAAAUCUCUUGCCCAAAAAGGCCGAACUAUCAUCACCACUAUUCAUCAACCCCGUUCGGAGAUUUGGGGCCUGUUUGAUAACUUGAUUCUCUUGUCCCGGGGAUCACCGGUAUUCUCUGGGCCCAGGAGUGAAUGCGAGCCAUGGUUUUCGGACCUCGGAUACCAAAUACCACCAUUUGUCAAUCCAGCCGAGUACUACAUCGACCAGGCUGCCAUUGAUAAUAGGACACCCGAACUGGAAGAGGAAUCAACAGUACGAGUGCACGCACUCAAAGCGGCUUGGAACGAACAAAGGCCAAUGCGAUUCCCUCCGGCCUUGGAUCAAGGUCUAGUAUCAAAUAAACCUGCAAGGCGCGCGCAAAGCCAACACGCUGGCUUCUGCCGCCAAAUUCGCGUCCUGACAGACCGAAAUCUGAAAGUGACGGUGCGGGAUCCCAUGGGCAUGGCAGGAUCAAUUGGCGAAGCCAUUUCCAUGUCAAUCAUACUGGGCUACAUUUUUUAUGCCUUGCCUCGAGACCAAUCCGGCAUAAGGUCUCGAGAAGGUGCUCUCUAUUCGUCGGUUGGCUUACAAGGCUACCUUUACCUGAUGUUCGAGACGUACCGCUUGACAAACGACAUUCCCACCUUUGAUCGUGAACACAAUGAAGGGUGUGUCACGGCACUCCCAUUCAUCCUUUCCCGCCGAAUCGCUGGCUUCUUCACAGAGGAUAUUCCCGUUCCGUUCUUAUACAGUGUCAUUCUCUAUUUCAUGGUGGGAUUUGACCGUGAAGCCGGCAAGUUCUUCACGUUCUUCUCCAUCAUUCUAUUGAAUCAUUACAUUGCCAUCAUGCUGGCAAUGACUGCGGUGGCGGCAGUUCGACACUUUCCUGGGGCUAGUCUCAUUGGCAAUUUGGCCUAUACCCUCCAGAGUAUGGCCUGCGGCUAUUUCAUUCAGAGCAACACGAUCCCAGUCUACGUACGAUGGCUUAAAUACGCCACUUACACUUAUUACGCUUUUGGUGGGCUAUGUGGCAACGAGUUUGAAAAUAACUUCUACAACUGCCCGCUAGAGGGCGGUGCUGACAACCCAGGAUGCGCAUCUUAUACGGGAGCUUAUAUCAUGGACAACCUUGGGUUCCCGAAAAACUGGAUCGCUCGACCCAUUUUGGCCAUGGUAGGAUUCGUCGGUCUCUUUCUCAUCACAUCGUGGGUUGGGCUAGCAUACUUGAGGGUCGAAAUGACGAUUGCACGAGCGAGAAAUUCUGACAAGGAUCUUUCCUUGGGCAAGGAGAAGAUGAAUGCAGUGCCAACCCAAGAAGUACGGGCAAUUGACGUCGGCCUGAGUGACUUUGGACUGGUUGUGGACAAGCGAUCUUUUCUGGGAAAGAAGCAAUCAACGAAAACCAUACUGAACCCAGUGAAUGCCAUAUUCCAGGCGGGCUCGUUAAAUAUCGUGAUGGGACCUUCGGGCUCUGGUAAAACCAGCCUUCUUAAUAGCAUGGCGCUACGUCUUAACGGAUCUUUCGGGACACGCUACCUCGCAUCAGGCAAGCUCACAUUCAACGGAGCAGUGCCAUCUGACUCGGUAAUCCGUUCUGUCGUAUCAUAUGUCUCUCAAGAUGAUGAUGCACUGUUGCCGUCGCUCACUGUUCGUGAGACGUUACGGUUUGCCGCAGGUCUACGACUACCCUCGUGGAUGAGUAAGCGACAGAAAUACGACAGAGCUGAAGAAGUUCUUCUAAAGAUGGGAUUGAAGGACUGCGCAAAUAAUCUCGUGGGAAGUGAUCUCAUCAAGGGCAUUUCAGGAGGCGAAAAGCGCCGCGUCAGUAUUGCGGUGCAAAUUCUGACCGACCCCAGAGUACUGCUUUUAGAUGAGCCUACCUCUGGUUUGGACGCCUUCACUGCCAACAACAUUCUCGAGGUCCUCCAUGGAUUGGCCAACGAAGGCAGAACGUUGAUCCUGACGAUACAUCAAGCAAGAUCAGAUUUAUUCAAGCAUUUUGGCAACGUGCUGCUUUUGGCACGAGGUGGCUCACCAGUAUUCGCGGGAGCCGCCAAAGAUAUGCUCGGGUAUUUCGGUAAUCUUGGCCACCAAUGUCCUCGACACACCAAUCCAGCAGAUUACGCCCUAGACCUUAUCACCAUCGAUCUCCAAGAAGAGAAACGAGAGGUAGAAAGCCGAGAAAAGGUUAGAAGGCUCGUUGAAGCCUGGAGAGAUUGCAGCAAGACCAAUAUCCAUAGCGACACCAUUGGAUCCAAUCCAGGAGGUCUGGACCAGGUUGAUGAGGCAUCAGAGGCUGAGCCUCAAGCAAACUCUAAUCAGCAACAACAAUCAUCCGACGUUACAGAGAGAGCCAACUCAAUGAAUCAAGAAUCUGCACCUGAUGCUGAUCCUUCGUCUGCAGCCACCCCCUCUGAAAAGCGCCCAGCUGAAACACCUCAACGCAAGCCUUUCAACAGGACCACAUUGGCUAGUCCAGCAGAGGUUGGUGCCAUGGCGCGUAAACGUACAUCAUUUGCCACCGCGUUUCCUUUACUCAUGCAUCGCGCAAUGCUCAACAUCCGGCGUCAACCCCCAUUAAUUCUUGCGAGAAUUAUGCAGGUCCUUGGGCUCGCUCUGGUACUGUCACUCUUCUUUGCUCCAUUGCACAAUGAUUACCCAUCAAUACAAAAUCGAGUCGGCUUCGUGCAGGAGGUCGGUGCCUUUUAUUUUGUAGGGAUGCUCCAAAAUGUCGCCAUUUAUCCGGCUGAGCGGGAAGUCUUUUAUCGAGAAGAUGACGAUACGGUAUACAGUGUCGAGGCAUUUUUGGCUACUUACACCAUUCUCGAGGUCCCGUUUGAAAUUAUUUCAUGUUUAAUUUUCGGGGUUCUUGCAGACUUUGCUGUUGGCCUUCCACGCACAGCCGAGAUGUAUUUCAUUUGCGUCUUUUGCUGCUUUGCCAUUGUAAAUUGUGGUGAAAGUCUUGGAAUCAUGUUCAACACCCUGUUCAACCAUACCGGAUUCGCGGUCAACGUCAUUUCCAUCUUGCUGAGCGUUUCUCAGACUAUGUCCGGCAUCAUGUCAAUUGUACGUACUUAUGGUGCCCAAUUCAUGUCUUGUUUCCCAGGUCUUUGA